AUGGCAAAUUUGAGGCUGGUGUUUUUGGCGUGCUUCGUGCAAUUCGCCUAUUGCGCGAUUACUGUGGAUGAUUACAAUAGCGAGACGAGGGAUGAAAUUUUGGCCGUGCGGAAUCGAUGCGUGUCCCUCUCGGGCGUCGCGGAAAACUUGAUAUCGGAGAUUAAAAACGGAUCGUUCAGAAAAGAAACCGCAAUUAAGGAAUAUGUGGCUUGUUUUUGGUUAAGAUCCGGAAUGAUCGACAGGAAUUUUGAGUUAAAUCAGGCGAAAUUCGACCAAUACGUUACUUCUGUGGUGGACGAUAGAGUGGCUGAUAUGUAUAAACAUUGCCACAAAAUGUCGAAAAGUCUAGGUAAAAAGGUUACAUUAGUGGACAAAAUAUGGGUGAUGAUACAAUGCGACUAUUUCAUCUCCUCUGAGAAAUUCGUGAUGUUUUGA